AUGGCAUUAUGUUACUUAUUUGAAAAAAUACGAUAUGAAUUGAAUGGCAUUGAGAUUGAUCGCAAUAAAAAUGAUGGUCUUGCGAGUGUCAUCAAAGGAUAUCUAUCACUUCAUCCAAGUCAAUUAAAUUAUUUAGAUAAUACAGAUUGGAUUGUCAAUGAUGAAAAGCUUAUGGAUAAUAAAGGAUACUUUGACAUUUUGUUGCCAUUGAAUAUGUUAUUGGGAUUUGCUGAAGAUUAUCAUCGCAUUAUUGUUAAUGCUAGGCAUGAACUUGUUUUAACACGUUCAAACACCGAUCUAAAUGCAAUAGUACAAGCUGCAGCUAGUACAGAUGAAAAAAUUACAUUGACGAAAAUUGAAUGGAUGAUUCCUUACAUCACAGUAUCGGAUCCAAGAAAAAUACAAUUAUUAAAUUAUAUUGCCAAGGAUCCGCCGAUAACAGUGAGUUUUCGAUCAUGGGAAACUUAUGAAUAUCCAUUGUUACCGAGAACAACGAAAAACGUCUGGAUGGUGAAAACAUCAACACAAUUGGAGAAACCGAGAUAUGUUAUAUUGGCAUUUCAAACAGCACGAAAAAAUGAUGUAAGAAAAGAUUCCAGUCAAUUCGAUCAUUGUAAUUUGAGAGACGUAGAACUUUUUCUCAAUUCACAAUGUUAUCCAUAUGGCAACUUGAAUCUUGACAUAGCUCACAAUCAAUAUGCAUUAUUAUAUGAUAUGUACAAAAAUUUCCAAGAAUCAUAUUAUGGUAAAGAUCCAGAACCUCUUCUCACAAAAGAACAAUUUAUCGGAAAAGCACCUUUAAUUGUCAUCGAUUGUUCAAAACAAAAUGAAUCAUUAAAAUCUGGACCUGUCGAUGUGCGAAUCGAAUUUGAAUCUACAAAACCGAUACCCGAUAAUACAUCAGCAUAUUGUUUAAUCAUUCAUGAUCGAAUUGUUGAAUACAAACCUUUGAGUGGACAAUUAAGAAAAUUAUUAUAA